AUGACCAAGUUUCAAGGCUCUGCUCUAGCUGCCAGCGUUUGUAAGAAGAUAACGGGUCGCCUGACGAGCGCCAUCGCCAAACAGGAAGACGUGUCUGUCCAGCUGGAGGCGCUCGACAUCAUGGCUGACAUGCUCUGCAGACAAGGAGGUCUGCUGGUGAACUUCCAUCCCUCCAUCCUCAGCUGUCUCCUCCCUCAGCUCACCUCCCCCAGACUGGCUGUCAGAAAGAGGACCAUCAUGGCUCUGGGUCACUUGGUUAUGUCCUGCGGGAAUCUGGUCUUCAUCGAUUUGAUCGAGCACCUUCUGACCGAGCUGGGGAGGAACGACAACAUGUCGACCACCAGAACCUACAUACAGUGCACGGCCGCCAUCAGCAGACAGGCCGGACACAGGAUCGGAGAGUAUCUGGAGAAGAUCAUUCCUCUGGUGGUGAAGUUUUGUAACGUCGACGACGAUGAGCUCAGAGAGUACUGCAUCCAGGCCUUCGAGUCCUUCGUCAGGAGGUGUCCUAAAGAAGUUUACCCCCACGUCCCCACGGUCAUCUCAAUCUGCCUGCGCUACUUGACCUACGACCCCAACUACAACUUUGACGAUGAAGACGAGGACGACAACGCCAUGGACGCUGAGCAGAACGAUGAAGACUACCAAGGCAGUGACGAUGAGUACAGUGACGAUGACGACAUGAGCUGGAAGGUCCGCCGGGCGGCCGCCAAGUGUUUGGACGCCGUUGUCUCAACUCGUCACGAGAUGCUGCCAGAGUUUUAUCGCUCCGUCUCUCCUGCGCUCGUCUGUCGCUUCAAGGAGAGGGAGGAGAACGUGAAGGCCGAUGUUUUCCACGCCUACCUGUCGCUGCUCAAACAGACCAGACCGGCUCAGAGCUGGUUGGCCGAUCCAGACGCCAUGGAGCAGGGAGAAACGCCACUCACCAUGCUGCAGAGCCAGGUUCCCAUGAUAGUCAAAGCUCUUCACAAGCAGCUGAAGGAGAAAAGUGUCAAAACCCGUCAGUGUUGUUUCAACAUGUUGACUGAGCUGGUGAACGUCCUCCCAGGAGCCCUGACUCAGCACAUCCCAGUACUAAUACCAGGUAUCAUCUUCUCUCUCAACGAUAAGUCGAGCAGCUCCAACCUCAAAAUCGACGCCCUGGCCUGUCUCCACGUCAUCAUGGUCACGCACCCCGCUCACGCCUUCCACGCCCACGUCCCCGCCCUCGUCCCGCCCGUGGUGGCCUGCGUCGGAGACCCCUUUUACAAGAUCACCUCGGAGGCUCUGCUCGUCACGCAGCAGCUCGUCAAGGUGAUCCGACCUCUGGACAACCAAUCAGAGGGCUCGGACAGCUUCGACCCCUCCCCCUACAUCAGCGACCUGUUCACCUGUACAAUCAAACGCCUGAAGGCCGCCGACAUCGACCAGGAGGUCAAAGAGCGCGCCAUCUCCUGUAUGGGGCAGAUCAUCUGUAACCUAGGUGACCGGCUGCCUACUGAACUUCCUGGAACGCUGCUGAUCUUCUUAGAGCGCCUCAAGAACGAGAUCACCAGACUGACGACAGUGAAAGCUCUGACGCUGAUCGCCGGCUCUCCGCUGAAAAUCGAUCUGAGGCCGGUUCUCCCCGACGCCGUUCCCAUCCUCGCCUCCUUCCUCCGCAAGAACCAGCGAGCUCUGAAGCUCUGCACGCUGGCCGCUCUGGACAUCCUGCUCAGAAACUACAGCUCCGCGGUGACUCCCGUCAUGGUGGACGCGGUCCUCGCCGAGCUGCCUCCUCUCAUCUCAGAGAGCGACAUGCACGUGUCUCAGAUGGCGCUCAGCUUCCUGUCCACGCUGGCCGUCACUCACCCGUCCUCGCUGGGUCAGCUGAGCAGCGGGAACAUCCUCCAGCAGCUCAUCGCGCUGGUUCGAUCCCCGCUGCUGCAGGGCGGGGCGCUCGCCGCCAUGCUGGACUUCUACCAGGCUUUAGUGGCUACAGAGACUCCUGGUCUCGGUUACAUGGACCUGCUGAGGAUGCUGACCGGUCCAGUUUACUCCCAGAGUGCCGCUCUGCCUCACAAACAGGCCUACUGCUCCAUCGCUAAAUGCGUCGCCGCUCUGACCCGAGCCUGCCCCACCGAGGGACCCGCCGUGGUCGGACAGUUCAUCCAGGACGUGAAGAACAGCCGCUCCACAGACUCCAUCAGACUGCUCGCUCUGCUCUCAUUGGGCGAGGUGGGACACCAUGUGGACCUCAGCAGCCAACCAGAGCUCAAGACCGUCAUCCUGGACGCGUUCUCCUCCUCCAGUGAAGAGGUGAAGUCGGCAGCCUCCUAUGCGUUGGGCAGUAUUGCGGUGGGGAAUCUUCCGGAGUAUCUGCCCUUCGUCCUGCAGGAGAUCUCCUCCUCCAAGAGACAGUACCUGCUGCUGCACUCACUCAAAGAGAUCAUCAGUUCGGCGUCGGUGUCCGGUCUGAAGCCGUACGUGGAGUCGGUUUGGUCUCUGCUGCUCAAACACUGCGAGUGUCAGGAGGAAGGAACCAGGAACGUGGUGGCCGAGUGUUUGGGCAAACUGACGCUGAUCGACCCCGAAACCCUGCUGCCCCGCCUCAAAGAGGCUACUGCUGUCAGGUAAUGAAUACUCUG